CACUCCUCCAAUCUGUCCCACUAAAGCGAUUUCAGCGCAUGCAGGGACGAGUAACGCAACAUGGCGACAGAGUUCCACAAUCUGCAGGAGUUGAGGCAGAGUGCAUCUCUGGCUAAUAAAGUCUUCAUCCAGAGAGACUACAGCGAAGGAACCACCUGCAGGUUUCAGACCAAGUUCCCCUCCGAGCUGGAGAGCAGGAUUGAGCGGACACUGUUUGAGGACACUGUGAAGACGCUGAACAACUACUACGCAGAGGCAGAGAAGAUAGGGGGCCAGUCCUACCUGGAGGGGUGUCUGGCCUGCACCACAGCGUACCUCAUCUUCCUCUGCAUGGAGACGCGUUAUGAGAAGGUGUUGAAGAAGAUUGCCAAGUACAUUCAGGAGCAGAAUGAGAAGUUCUAUGCUCCCAGAGGGCUGCUCGUCACAGAUCCCAUAGAAAGGGGAAUGCGUGUCAUAGAGAUAUCAAUCUAUGAAGACCGGGGCUCCAGUGGCUCCAGCUCGGGGAGCAGCUCCGUGUCCGGCAGCACCGCUCGAUGACUCGGUACUUCCUAACAACCAUGUCCCCCUGAUUACUCACAACCCUGGAGAACUUAGGACAAUAAUGCUACUCUUGUUCCAACACUUGGCCCACGCAUCCCAAAGCUACGCUCACACAAAGGGUUCACUAGUUCUUGUCCAAGAAAGGCACGUUGCGCCGGCGUGCCAUCACAUGCUAAAGGUGUUCAAGCUUUUAAAACACACGCCGUGGUAGUUUGUUGCACAGCCAUGUGCAUGGCGACACAGUCGUGUUACUGUACAAUGCAAUGUCUCAGUAUUGCCGGUAAUACUUUGUGUGAUCGUACCGUUACCUUUCCUUCCUGUCCUUGUUGAAGCUACAGCAGCUAUGUGUAAUCAGGUGGGUGAGAAAAGCAUGGAAGGAUGUGAGAAAAGGAGGGAGGGAGGAAGUGUUGAAGACCACAAGCCUCACCAAGCCUCAUACCUCAGCCACCACAGCCGCACCACACCGGACCAAACUGGACUGAACCUUCAGCAAAUGUGAGGAGGACAUAGAAGCAUUUGAAGGCAACGUUUCACCAAACCCAUACAAACUGUACAAGGAACCUCCUUCACCUCUGAUGUAAGUCGUGCAGUCUGGUAGCAGAUGAAUGUCAUUCAGCCCGACUGUGUAUUUUAUGUAGCAGAUCUUCCAUAUUUCUCACAUGAAGCCUCUUUUUUCUUUGUUAGACACACAAACAUAUCUAAAUACUAACCUCUUGGUUUCAAUGAGUGAGACCAACGAUCCCUAAAUUUUAGAUUAUGCAAAGACAUACUGUGGAUUGAAUGUAGUAGUAAGUAGACAAAGGAUGGGUCAAACAGUCUUCCUGAAUCUUACCUGUCGUGAUUUAAAGUACACCCAGCCUUCCUUGAUUUCUGAGUAAGCUUCCAAAGAACAACGACUGCCAAAAACUGGCUCUCAAUUGUGAAUGUGUGUUUUGUUUUGGUGACAUUUUGUUCAAGAGUGAAACUUUCGUACUGCUUGUUGUUUGAUACACGUGGCAAUGAGGUAUACACGACUGGCGUCAAAUAAAUAAAUAGUGUUUCAUCACA